CUCUCCGGAGCAACCAUGAAGUGCCUCGUCCUGCUCCUUUGCCUUGCUCAGCUCUGUGCCUGCCGCUCUGUCCCGCAUGGCCCGAUUCCGGGUUAUAGGGAACCAGCCUGUGAUGACCCAGAAACAGAGCAGGCAGCCCUGGCGGCCGUGGACUACAUCAAUAAGCAUCUUCCUCAUGGCUACAAGCACAUCUUAAACCAGAUUGAGAGUGUGAAGGUGUGGCCGCGGCGGCCCACGGGAGAGGUGUUUGACCUUGAAAUAGACACACUGGAAACCACCUGCCAUGUACUGGACCCCACUCCCCUGGCAAACUGCAGCGUGAGGCAGCUGAAAGAGCACGCGGUGGAAGGAGACUGCGAUUUCAAUGUGCUGAAACAAGACGGAGAGUUUUCCGUGUUGUCUGCAAAAUGUGAUUCCAGUCCAGACUCGGCCGAGGACGUGCACAAGGUGUGUCCAGACUGCCCCCUGCUGGCCCCGCUCAACGACAGCCGGGUGGUGCACGCAGUAGAGGCCGCGCUGGCUGCCUUCAACGCCCAGAAAAACGGCUCCUACUUUCAGCUUGUGGAAAUUUCUCGGGCUCAAUUUGUGCCUCUUUCAGCUUCUGUCACUGUGGAGUUUGCAGUGGCUGCCACUGACUGUGUUGCUAAAGAGGUCGUAGACCCAGCCAAGUGCAACCUGCUGGCAGAAAAGCAGUAUGGCUUCUGUAAGGGGACAGUCACUGAGAAGGUUGCUGGCGGGGAAGAUGUUGCAGUGACCUGCACGGUGUUCCAAACACAGCCUGUGCUCCCGCAGCCCCAACCAGACGGUGCCGAAGCAGGGCCCCUCACCGCUGCACCGGGCUCGGCUGGGCCAGCACUUUCUCCAGCUGGCCAGCCCGCGGCCUCCCUGGUGGUGGGACCCAGGGCCGUGGCAGCUCCCCCGAUGCCCCCACCGGUGUACCCGGCGCACUACGACCUGCGCCACGCCUUCUCGGGUGUGGCCUCAGUGGAGUCAGCCUCAGGAGAAGCGUUUCACGUGGGGAAGACACCCAAGGUGGCGCAGCCUAGCAUUCCUGCUCCUGAAGGUCCAGUUCCAGUGGUCCGCCCUUGCCCGGGGAGAAUCAGACACUUCAAGGUCUAG